GCUCCGGGUUCUUUCCCCGCUCCGCUCCGGGGUAUUUUUCCGCUCCACUCCGGGUUCUUUCCCCGCUCUGCUCCGGAUUCUUUCCCGACUCCGCUCCGGGUUUUGUGGGCGUCCCCGGUUGGUGAUGAUGGCGGCGGAAGGUAACGGCCUUUCCCCGAAUCGCUCCAAAGAUCUUCUGAGGGCGGAGAGUGGCCUUGGUUUCAGGCAGAGCCUCGUGGUGGAUCCAGCUCAUUCCCGGAGUUUAACCCGACCCCAGAUCGUCAGAGUCGGAAGGAGCAGCGUAUUGGACAGACUGCAAAACUUCCUGCCAAAGAUGGCCAGAGCAAAUCAGGAACUCUUAAAGCAAAUGGAGAUAUCCAAACCGGGUCACUUUGACAUUGAGAAUAUAGAGGAUUGUCCCGAUAAGGUGAUUGAAAUGAAUGUGUCUCUGUUUGAGAUGAAUGGUUCUGACGAAAGUGGAGACGAAAAGUUAACUCCUGAGGAUGAGGAUUCUCAGUGCGAGUGUGAUUUGUUUGGGGAAGUUACAGAAGCAAAUCUGAAGCUACACAGAACCCAGAAGCAAGAGAAAUGUAGAAUAGAAGUUCUGUCAAGUGAUGGCACCCAUUAACUAUCCAAAGGAGCCUGGAUUAGGGACGUUGAUUUCUUCACGUUUAAAAGGGAUGCAAGUGAUGCAAUGUCCUGCAUGAUUUCAGAAGAGAAUUGGAUUGUUCAGUCCUCAGUCUCACUGUUAACAGUCACAUUGGACCCAGCAGCAAUCACUAACGUGUCUGAAUGGAUUACUAGAGCAUCCAUUUUAGCCGAGAGACUGAUGGUUCCGGAUCAAUUAUCUUGCAAAGGAAUGGUCCAAAUGAAUGACUUUCCAGCAAAGUAGCACCCUGCACCCGUCAUUGCAUGUUAUUUGUAUACCUCAUGUCAGCUGGUGCACUUUCAACGGCCAAUCAAAACAGGCAGCCUCUGGAUAUAACAGUGCCUGAUGUUCCUGAGCAUUAUAGGUCUGCUCUUCUUGUGAACCAUUUCUAAUGGAAAUAAUUUCACCAAAUGCCCUGGUACUGGAGAAACUGAAAGAAAGCCCUCUAGUAUAAUAAGCUCUGGUUUAGUGUUAAGCUCCGCAAUGACCAGGAAAUAGAUGGACUUAGUUAUUGCUACCCAUUUGAUACAGUCAGUUUAUGGUGUUAGAGAUGUUGAAAAGAGAAUUGCCAAGUGUUGUAGUUUUUGAAAAGUGAAUCAGUAAAAUGAGCACAAUUUUGUAAAAAUGACAUUUGAGGUGAUAACCAGACAUGUAUGAGAAUCUGUACAAUGGGAGUAUUUAACAAAUCAACCAAUUCCCUGCAGAGCUAAUGAAAACUGAUAGCUCACCUUGCUGAGAAAUCUUUGUAAUUAGGAGCUGGGGGAUAAUUUUGUUCAAUUCCAGUAGAUCAUUAAAACAAUGUCCUGUAACUUUUAUUUUUAGAAAAUACUGGUUAUAUUUUGAUAUACCAUGUAAAGUGAUUUGACAGUGACAGUACUAUAUCCUGUAAUCAUUAUAAACAAUCUUGUGUAUUAUAAUCCUUGUGAACAGACUGACUUGCCAAGCCUGUGCUGCAAAUUCACUGGCUCAGGGAUGUGCUUUAUCUGCAACACUGAUCCUUCUCAAUUUGACAGCAGAUCUUCUUCAAAUACAUCAUAGCAGAUUUCAGCUGUAGGUGCUACAUUCGAUUCCUUGAUAGCAUUCAAACAUUUAUCACUUUUGUCUGUCUUGCAACACCAGCUCUGACAAGCCACCCCUUCUGUCAUCAACAUCUCCUGAUCCUGACGCAGCUUAUUGAUGCAUUUUUUUUUCUCUGCCUUUGUGUUUGAAGAUACUUCUUUGAACUCUAUAACCUAAUGCAUUUUUCUAUCAAAUCUGACUGCAGGAAACUGGUAGAAAGGUGGUUCAGCUGUUCUUUGCAGUCUGCAAUCUCAUCACUUGUGCUUGGCUAAUUGAAUCUUUUUUUCUUUAUUCCUCAUUCUUCUCCAAAAGCCCCACCCUCUUGAGUCACCUCCUUAGCAUUCAGUAAGGUACUGAGCAGCUCUGGUUUCUUGUGGUUUAGUGAGACAUUCUGAUUCUGCAUGUGUUGGAGUUGUUAUCUGCCUAGUUGUUGCAGUUUCUGCAGAUGCACUUCUUGUCCAGGUUCAAAUGAUGGAAUUGUUAGUUGUCAUGACCCUGUUUCCAGCAGAGGGUGUAAAACUCUGAUAAGUCUGAAUGUCCAGUUGAACAAAGUGCUCUUCCUCACUGGGGCCUGAUCUUUUCUGAAGAUCAGCCAGUGUGGUUUCCACCUGUUGUCUGCAUGAGGCUUCUUUCAUUUGCAUCCAAAAGUUCCAAAUGACCAAGAAAGAUUCCUUGUGAAGGAUGUAUAAGUAAGGAUAGUGAAAAAUUGAUUAAACUAGGGUUGAGAGAAAAGAAUGAUUUACAGACACAUUCUGUGUAUUAAAAUAAUGGUUUCUUUGUAUGGAUGAAUUACACAUUUUGGUGUAACUAAUUCUGUAUUCAAUAGUUGUUUCAGUAGUAUUGCUGAAUGUGUCUCUUUUCAGCAAUACUCUACUUCUGUAUGAUAACCUUGUAUUAAUUCAUAUUUCUUUUUAAAUAAAAAUUUAUUUGAAUUUAC